AUGAUAACAUAUCAUAGAUUAUAUAUUCAAUCAUCAACAACCACAGCAGCAACACUUGGUUAUCAUUUUAUGAUCAUUUUUCCGAGUAAUAAUGGAAAUAAAAAUGCAAAUCCAACAAUCAGUGUUACCUUAAUGAAUCCAAAUAGUAAACAAGUAACAGUUCAAAUUGAAAAUGUUAAAAAUGCAAAUGAUUUUUUGGAUGAUAGUGAAAUAAUUACUGUAAAUAUUGAAGCAAUGAAUUAUGCUGAAGUUUAUUUUAAUGAAUCGUCUAUAAAUACUUGUAAAAGUACAACUAUUGCAAAUUUUUUGGAAUGUACAGAUAGCAGAAUAUACAUUAAUUCAUUACAAUUACCUAUUACUGUUCUGUCACAUUGGUACCUUACUGAUGCUGGUGACAGUUUUCUUGUAUUACCAUUAUCGAUGACAACAGGUAAAUAUGCAUUUUCUGCGCCACCACCUGCUGAAGAUGGCAUUACAAUGGUAUAUUUCUUGCCACAAUCAAACAAUAUGGAAAUAUCUGUGGUUGGAGAAGUUAAUAAACAACCAUUUUCUAAUUCAUUUACACCAAAACUUGCAAAUGGUAAUUUAUUGGUGCUGCAAACAACAGGCAAUUUAGCAUUAACUGCAACUGCAUAUAGUGCAUUUGCAGUUAUUGUUGCAGUAACAAAAUUACCAAUCUCAUCAGAUGAUAAUACUAAAAAUGAUUUUGGUAUUUACAUGCCAACACCACUCUUUUUCACAGAAAUAAUUUUCGGUUGUUACAAUGUAAACGAUUAUCAUGUUUCGAUGUUAUAUGAUAUGAAGGAGCUACUGAUAACAACUGUUAACAGUGAUAAUUUAUUAUGCAAUUCAAAGUUUACUGUAUUCGAUGAAAUGGGAAAUGAUAAAUGUUAUCCAUUAAUUGAUUCAUACAAUGAAGUGAAAUUUGAGGAAUACAAUUUAAAUGUUGGCAUUAAUUCCAGUUCUACAAUGUUACAAAUACUACGAUACGGUGGCUACGACAGUUAUUUAAUUGAUGGUUCAUUUCUUGAUUUGGAUAUUUCAUUAUCACAAUUUGUUACUGGCUUAACAACUUUUUUUGUACCAACUGAUGAAAAUAUUGUUACAAUCAUAGGUGAUUAUGAUGCAACAUCUACCACAAUUAUUGGUAGAAAAAUUCCAAUUGAAAUUAUUUGGAAUUGGUCACCAAUGUCAUUUUAUCAUCAAACAUUCUACUAUACUACCUUAUCACUAGCAAGUGGUUUUUAUGUUAUCACUUCAAGCGGUUCAUAUGUUAUCACUGUGAUUGGCCAAAAAGAUAAUGCUGCAUACGGUUUUAUCACUGCCUAUAACAUACAAACAUCAAAAGAUUUGCCAGAAGUUAAAACAACCAUACGACCAAGAAUAACCACCGAAAUACCAUCAUCGUCUAAAACUUCAAUUGAAACUACGAUGGGUUAG